CGUGCAGGCGGAUGUGUUUUGUUUGUUGUUCGAAGUAGAUUUUCCUUUUUCCGUGUGAAAAUCUUGUGUAAAACCAUGGAAUCCAAUGUUAAAUCGAAUCUCCCAUGGGUGGAAAAGUAUCGCCCAGCAACACUGACCGAUUUGAUCUCACACGAAGAAAUCAUUAGCACCAUAAACAAAUUCAUCCAGGAGGAGCAGCUGCCCCAUUUGCUGUUCUACGGGCCACCGGGGACGGGUAAGACCAGUACUAUUUUGGCAUGCGCCCGGCAGCUGUACAAGCCGCAAUCGUUCGGUUCGAUGGUGCUCGAGCUGAACGCUUCCGAUGACCGCGGUAUCAACAUCGUGCGUGGCCAAAUUCUCGACUUUGCCUCGACGAGGACUAUCUUCAAGGGUGGCUACAAGCUGAUCAUCCUAGAUGAAGCGGACGCCAUGACGAAUGACGCACAGAACGCGCUCAGGCGCAUCAUCGAGAAGUACACGGAGAACGUGCGGUUCUGCAUCAUUUGCAACUACCUCAGUAAAAUCAUUCCGGCCAUCCAGUCGCGCUGCACCCGGUUCCGUUUUGCACCGUUAUCGCCGGAUCAGAUUUUGCCCCGGCUAGAGCACGUCAUCGAGGCGGAAAGCAUCGAAGUGACUGAGGAUGGCAAAAAAGCGCUUAUGACGCUGGCGGGGGGCGACAUGCGAAAAGUACUGAAUGUGCUCCAAAGCACCUGGAUGGCGUAUAAGAAUGUUACGGAAGAGAACGUGUACAACUGCGUCGGCCAUCCUUUGAAGCAAGACAUCAAUGACAUCAUCUUCUGGCUGCUGAAUGAAGAAUCUUUCAAGACCUGUUAUGAAAAAAUUCAAAACCUCAAAUCUCAAAAAGGACUCGCCCUCGAGGACAUACUAACCGAGAUCCAUUUGGUGGUCAAUCGGUUGGAAAUUCCACCCCGAAUCACCUCCCAGCUGCUGAUCAACCUGGCGUCCAUCGAAGAACGGCUGGCCGAUGGGUGCGUGGAAAAACCUCAAAUAACCGCCCUCAUUGCCGCCUUCAGCAAGGUUCGCACGUUGGUGGUUUAGCGGCGCAACGCGAUACCCUCUAAAAUACAAAAGUAUUUACGUUUAAGAUUAAAAAUAUAACAUUGGUUAUUAUGUUCGUCACUUGAAUAAAGACUCGUUGCGGAAUACACCUCCACGGAA